AUGAAGCCUGUAGGAUGCAGAUGGGUUUUUUCAGUUAAGUAUAAUGUAGAUGGUACUGUGGAGAGGUACAAGGCAAAAUUAGUAGCUAAAAGGUUCACUCAGACUUAUGGAGUUGAUUAUCGUGAUACUUUUGCACCUGUGGCUAAGAUGAAUACUGUCAGAGUUUUGUUGUCCUUAACAGUAAACUUAGAUUGGACCUCGAGGCAAUUUGAUGUAAAAAAUGCAUUCUUACAUGGUGAACUAGAAGAAGAAGUGUACAUGAGUCUUCCACCAGGGUAUAGCGUUAUCGGUGACACGGGGAACGUGUGUGUGGUAGCAAAUAUUUUCGUCUUCAAUCUUGGCACGCCAUGUGGAAAAGAAGAUUAUCUCUUAAAUUAA